GCUCGGCUUAAUCACUCCAGUGGUGUGCCUUACCUUCAGUGCUGUGUUUGGUGUGUGGAAAUAUAUUAAUGGGAAUACAGUGUUAUUAUAGCCCGUGAGAUGGUCAUGUGGACACUUAUAUACACCAUCAACACAUACGCUCACAGAAAUGCGCGCAGGAUGUAAAUUGAAGAGGAUUUAUUCACCGUAGAAAUUAUGCAGAGUGGGGAGGUGAUAGACCAUGAGGAACAGAUGACGUUGUCGCCUAGCCCCGCCCCUGCGGACGCGUCUCCACCAAUCACAGGCCCGCCCCUGGCCUCUCUUCCCGCCAACUCUCCUUCCCUUGCCUCGUCUCCUCCCGUCACCUCCCCUUCCCUCGCCUCCUCUCCGCCAUUAACCUCACAGAUCUCACCCAGCCUCACUUCCAAAUCUAACUUGAGAACUACCUCAUCUCUGCUCCAGCACGAAAAACAAGCGAGUCUCGCAAAUAAGUUAAGAUUAAGUAAAAUUUUGGGCAACCAUGCACAUUCUCAGUCAUUCAAUAUUCGGUCUUCGCUGAUUGGCGAGGAUGACGACGAGGGGCGGAGCGACAUACGCGUUCUCUCACCCUCAUUGGUCAACAGCCAGGUGCUGUCGAAAACACGCCCCCUCUCCCCGGACCCUCCAGACCCGCCCAUCACAUCUCUGCACACCGGCGAGAGGUUGGGUGUGGCGGCGGUGGAGGGCGGCGGCGGUGGCGGGCGGCGGGCGGCGGAGCCCCAGGGGCCCGGCAGGCCAGCACACGACACCAACGACAAGACUGCCAAGGGCCGAGGAAGAGGACGGCGGCGACAACGACUCUUCAAGCUCAAGUUUCACCACCAGGCGCUGCCGCCUGAGUACCUGGACCACUAUGAGGCGUCCCUACGGCAGGAGCAGCGGGCCGCCGCAGCUGCCGCAGCUUCCUCCCCAGCACCCACACCCACCACCGCCCGCCACCACCGCGAGGCUCUCGGCCCGGACCCUCUCUCGCCCCGGGACACGCCCACGCCAGGCCUCCAAGGUGGCGUCCCUAGACCAGGGCGUGGUGGUCGUGGGCGGGGGCGGGGGCGUGGCCAGCGUGCCCCACGACCCAUUACUAUCCACGAGGCUGGCGGGGCGGCCACGGAGGCGCUGCUGCGAGACCUGCUGUUAACGCGGCCACACCUGCAGCAGGCGGCGCUGCAGCAGGUGGCCCUGGCCCGGGCCCAGUCAGUGCCGUCCAUCAUGAUGGCCAGCCAGCAGGGUGGGCGCGGGCCGCCCAGUCCGGGGGCCCCAGAGGAGCACCUGCCCUAUAUGGGCGAGAUGGUGCUGGACACCCGACCCAGGCGGGGCAGGAAGCCCAAGAAGGCGGACAUUACACACCUCAUCUCCAAGAACUAUGGCGGCGCUGGCAUAGUGGCUGCCGGCAUGAUGCAGGACGCAGUGGCUCUCCACCACCCGCUGCACCACCUGCACCACCAGCUGGAGCACCACCACCACCAGCAGCAGCAGCGGCGGCAGCUGGAGGGCGAGGGAGGCUACACCAUGAUGGAACACGAAACACUGGCACGGUCCCGGAGCUACACCUCGCUGCUACACUCGGCGCUCACAGCCGCCGAGGCCGAGGACCAGAGUGAGCCUCUCAACCUGUGCGUGCGCGACGCGCCCCUCAAGUGUGAGCCCGAGCACGCCGCCCACGCCCGCCACCACACGCCCGCCAUCAAACUGGAGCCGCCGCCACACAUGGACGAGGAUGAGAUUAUCAGAGGCGGUGGGAUGAGCUCGCCAGACGUGGCGUGGGCGCCGGGUGGGCGGCUGGGCGUGCCCUCACACUGGCUCCACGACUACCGCCUCAAGACAGAGGACGGCCUCAGCUCCGGCCAGUCCACGCCCUCGCUCUGCUCCCACUCCUCCCACAUGCCCUCCCUCUCCCCCCCAGCCUUCCCCCACAUGUCUCCCCCGCCCCCUCUGCCCUCCCCCCACAUGCAUCACUUCAUGGGCUCUCCUCAGUCACCUCACUCGCCCGCGCCAGCAGCCUCGCCGCUGCCGCCCGGCCACCACCACCACCGCCACGUCCACGCCCUCCUGAAGGAGUCGCUGCAGCAGCGGCUGGACGAGGCGGCCAGGGAGCGCCUCUCCCCCCAGGAGACCGUGGUGAAGGAGCGGGGGUCGCGGGGGGGCGGAAGAGGGGGCGCGGGGGCCCGUAGGAAACGGUCGGCGCUCUUCAUCCCCCCAGCUGACCCCAACACCGAGGUCAGCAUAUGUAAGUUCAAGUUCACGGGGGGCCCGAACCCCAUCCUGGAGGAGAAGAAGAUGGUGAGUGUGGACGCAGGCGGCACCCUGAGGUACUCCAGUGGGGGGGAGCGGGGCGUUGCCCGCGACCCCCGCGCCGCAGCCGCCCACCUCCGCCUCUCCGGCAAGCUCCUCGAUAACAUAACCAAGUGUGAGAAGGACGUCAAAAAAAUCCGACUUGAAAGCGACACGGAGGACACGUGUAGCCUGCCCGGGAUGGGCAGCACCACCACGUCGCCCGUGCCUACCCUGGAGCGGGGCAUGCAGCCGCCCAUGCUCGCCCCGCCCACAGAAGAAUCCCCCAAGCGCAAAAGACGCUCCAAAAAAUCCUCAGUGCGGGAAAAGUUAGAACAGACGUUACGUGAACGCGGUCUGCUGAUCCAGACGCAGCAGGUGGAGUCUGCUGAGGGAGCCACCUACUGCAAGUUCCGUCAGCUGCGCAAGUUUACCCGCUACCUCUUCCGCAGCUGGAAGGACUACCUUCCGGGCCAGCUGCAAGAGGGAGGGAUUCCGCUAGACGGCUACAGCGACCCGCGCCAUCCCCCUUUCCCCCAUCACCUGGCUCGCGGGCCGCCCACUCCUGAUCACCGCUGACCUCGAGCAGAAUGUUGUCACCACCCCAUCCCACAUGGGCAUUUAGAGAGCGUGGGGAGCGUGGGUGGUGGCGCCUGUCCUGCACCAGGUUGUGAUCCUCAUCCCAGCCUUUCAGGUUGUGACGCACAAAGUACAAGAGCUUACCGGGACCCGUGCUGCUCCCGCCCUAUACGCUCACUCUCCUACGCACGCCUUACGCCAGGCUUCCCCUGGGAUGCCACUCUCCUGGACCCAUAAUUCCCUCCACACAACCAGGAUCCUUAGUCCCUUAAUCUCCUCCAGUGUAGAGGCGCAGAUGUUCAGGAAAGGGAACCCAUUUCCCCCCUGACUACCAUGUAUUUUAAUGCGUGAAUCUUCAGGGACGUGGCUCUAUGUUUCCCUUGUCUGAAUCUGUAGUCUGUAGUGAGAGUUAUAUUGACCCUUUCUCAUAACUAAAACCAAUGGGCUCUACAAAGUAUGCAUAAUCUGAUUGAUGACCCUCUUACCUAAGAGCGAAGGAUUGACUACCUCCCCGAUGUCCACAACCCUGUUUUAUUUCAUAUUUCCACCUUGAUGGAGGACAUGACCAGAGCUGCGGCAGUGUUCCUCACUUGUCAUGCUAUGAGCCGGUUGCUCUUGACCACUCGAGUCCUGCUGUAACUCGCUCAGACUUCCUCAAGUAUAAUUCCUCUGACUUGCUGAGAUGUGUAUAUUCAUCCGUGGAGUUUUGUCUACACCAAUCCAGUAUUGGUCCUGGAUCCAGUCCACAUUUACUCAGGCUUGUUGAUCCUCAUCAAAGUAUUGUUUGAUUCUCCGUGCUGUCCUACGUACAUAAUCUCAUGGACUGCUAAACAUCUUAUAUUCGGGAUGGCUCUGUUUAGUUCAAACACGUCUAAGAUAACAAGUAUGACUUGCCCCAAUGGGCGUGUGAUGAGUAGUAACCCACGACGUCCAUUGUGAACGUGUCCUUGACGAGUGUUGCUGUGUCACUCAUCAGUGGUGAAUGCCAUGACUUGCCUGGAUGAUAGCGGGGCGCCGUGUUCAGCCAGUAACACUCAUGACCAAAUUCAACCCCGUUUGUGUAUCCUGUGAGUGUAGCAGCGUGCCUGGGGUGUGCCUGCUGGAUGUUGUGGAUAUGUGUUGCUUGCAUUGUUCAUCAUCACUACCAAGGAUACAUUUUACAUUUUCGGCAUGACCUUCCGUGUCUGUUGACUGCUGACUCACAAUACCACCUUGUUUCUCUGUUGAGUAUGUGUACAAGUACGUGACGGCGUCAACACCACGCUGGCAGGUGGGCCACGCUACCUAUUUACAGUUACAAAUAGAAAAUUGUUACAGAAAUUUGCAAAUCGAAGAUUUUCCAAGAUAAUCAAACAAUAUUGUACAACCGAAUUGACAAGAGCCCUUCUAACAAAACAAAAAGAAAACUGCAGGAUAUCAGGCAAAAAAAUCGAGUGAAUUCUUUUCCGAAGGGAAAGCAAUCUCUGAAGAUCACUGUGAUGCAAUAAGUUGUAUUUUCUGAUCUUACGACCGAGACUGCCUUAGAAAAUGUUUCUAGGUUAAUAAACAAGUUUGGCUCGUGCCUCCACCCUCUGUUAGUGGGAUGCUAGCCACAAAGUGCUGGUAACGCUGAGGCGAAGCACUGAUACUCCUCAGUGAGGUCUAACUUGACACUGCAGUCAUAUGUACAUGACACGUGUACAGUCUAUCCUUCACGUUCCAUGUAACGUAACCAUUGUUGUAAGAAAUAUUUAUGGUUUAAUAUUAAUACUGUCAUUUGUUAGAGUUAGUAGGUUUCUCACAACGCAAUGAAGAAACCAGAUCUAUAAAGUGAGAACGAAAAAGAGCAACGAAUUUCCAUACUGUUAUGAUUUCUUCGGGGAUUUAUGAUUUUGUAAUUUGAAUGCUAAUUAUUAUCGAGACUCAGUAUUAUUUUUCGUCAUCAAGGAUAAGUAGAAUCCCACAUGAGUGUUGAUAUACGUGAGCUCUGGUAGUGGUGUGGGCCUGUAGCCUCAUUGUGAAGAUGAGAUCUGGAGGUGGUGUAGGCCUGUAACCUCGUGUGAAGGUGAGCUCUGGUGGUGAUGUAGGGCUGUAGUAUCAUGAGAACGUGAGCUCUGGUAAUGUUUAGCUUCAUGUAAAGGUGAGCUCUGGUGGUGGUGUAACCUCAUGUGAAGGUGAGAUCUGGUGGUGGUGUAACCUCAUGUGAAGGUGAGAUCUGGUGGUGGUGUAGCAUCAUGUGAAGAUGAGAUCUGGGGGUGUUGUAACCUCAUGUGAAGGUGAGAUCUGGUGGUGGUGUAGCAUCAUGUGAAGAUGAGAUCUGGGGGUGUUGUAACCUCAUGUGAAGGUAAAAUCUGGUGGUGGUGUAGCAUCAUGUGAAGGUGAGAUCUGGGGGUGGUGUAGCAUCAUGUGAAGAUGAGAUCUGGGGGUGGUGUAACAACAUGUGAAGGUGAGAUUUAGUGGUAGUGUAGCCUAAUGUGAAGGUGAGCUCUGGUGGUAGUGUAGUAUCAUGUGAAGAUGAGAUUUGGGGGUGGAGGAGCCUCACGUGAAGGUGAGAUCUGGGGGGUGGUGUAGCCCCAGGUAAAGGUGAGGAAGGUCGUGAGGUCAGCAAAUAAGUAGUGGAUACACGAGACAUGGAGGCAAAGGGUGUCCCAGGUGUUGGAGCCUCGUAGCUAUGCCUUAAUGGGGGGGUGAGGGGGUUCAGGUGUUCCCCCCCUGGAUGGGGGGCAGCGUGAGCCAUGGUGUCAACUUAGUGUUCAUGUCUUUCAUAACCUCAACUGGAGAAACAAUUAAACAACUAAUACUCUCUCGUAGGAAGGUCCUGAAAGUAUUUUCAAUAUGUUAAAAGUCCAAAGCUUUAAAUAUGAUUGGCAUUAAAUUCAAGACUUCUUCAGGCUUGAUGUAGUAAUCGGGUAAUCCACAAACACACGUGAAACAGAGCAAAAUGAUUUUUUUCUGGACCAUCAGUUCUAGUAUUUUUCAUAGUAACUUCUCAGGUACAAAUCGUGACACGGCCAGUAAUGUUAAGCCUUGGGUAAACCAUCUCAACGGAGUUCUGUUUUCCUGUAAACAAAAAGUUUUUGCAUUUUGGUUUCUUGUGUUUUAUUAAUUGAGUAAUCGAGAGCAUAGUAUAGUGUGAGGCUGGAAGGUUGUGGGAAGAACGUUGACCAACAAGAAGUAAUUUUUUUUUACUUAAUAAGGUUCCCACCUUCCCAGCAUAGGUGGGAAGCUGACGUAAGUAGCAACUAUCUAUUGCAAGACGUCUAAGGUAUGGCAGAGUCACUCAUUUGUGUGUUCAGUAGUCCCCCACUGUCGUCACCAUUCCCAAAAAGAAACCUUAUAUGCAAAAUACAUUCACGGUAGAUAUUUCAGGGUGCACAUAGCCCAUGGAAACAGGAAAAUGAGCUGCACUGAUGCUUUUCUUAAGGGUUAAGAUGACAGGCCACGACACACGUUACAAAUUACAAUAAUGCAUCAAUAGAUCUGCCAAGCUUGUGAUAAUAUGGCAACUGGUUGGUCAUUUCUGAUGACCGUCGAACCUUGUUAAUCCGGUGCUAACUAUUCUUAUUAACCAUGGUUGUUAGUGAGACAAUAUCGUGGGCUCACAGUUAAAAAAAGAUAUCAUGACCUUUUUGUUGAUUUACAUAUUUGGUCUUUAAUUUAUGUGUGACAUUUGUUGACAAAAAUAUGUGAUGUUUAUUGAAAAGUUUAAAAGUGUUUAUAUGUGUUGACCACAUGUGUAAAGUUCAUUGAUAAUGUUAGGUAUACAGCAGGUAUACACUGUAUGAGUAAAAAAAAGAUAAAUGCUGGUUUGUUGUAGUAAUUCCGUUUAAAUAUUGUAUAGUGUUAAAAGUUACUUGGAAUGAGUUCAAAUAAGAAUAUUUUUAUUAUUGUUUUAAAUUCCCUGUUAUUUUAUUGUAAUAUGUGAUGGAUGUUUAAAAAUAUCCAAUGUGGCAUUUAUAUAUAGAUGUUUAGUGGAUGUAUAAUGUGUUUUCUAUAAGCCCCUCAAGUUCAAGUACGUUUAUUGAGACAAUAAAAUACAUCUCAAAGGGAUAGAAUAGCUUAGGCUAUUUCUACCCUCAACAUAUAAGUCCCUUAACCCACAGUGUUGAGAAAGGUCAAAUAUUGGCGAGAAACAAGUGAGCAUCAGGUUAACUUGAAUCGACGGUUCAAUGUGCCAUUUGAUUCCCCUGUCUGCUUAAAUGUAAUUUUUUUGUGCUUCAACACCAACCAGAAAUUGUGUAUAUUAUGAGUUUUAUGUAUAUUUAUGCUCCGUAAUGCCUGUAUAAAUCGAUAUAUGACUAAUAUAUUUAGCAAAACCAGAUUAAUACACAACAUCGUCCGCGGACUAAAAUAUGAGUAUGGUAUAGAAACAAAACCAGAUAACUAAAUGCAUAUUCAGCACAAAUUUAUAUUCAUUCAAUUUCAUAACUUAUAAACAAAACAAUGUGUUAUCCAGACUAGCCAAGAUUUUGCUGUCGAGGGAGGACGAGCGCUCGUCUAUCACCUUAUAAAGCUCGCCAGACAUAACUAGCUAGGUAGGCUGUACAGAAUAUACAAGUCAUCAUAGUUCACUUCUUUUAGCGUGUGUUGUUGAAUUGGGCAAAACCCUACAUAAGUAUUUCCCGUUUGAUCAGCUUAUUUCUUCAUGUCCAAAUCGCGCCAAGAUUUAUUAUAAAACCAGGUCGAGUAACUGUUGGUCUUCGCCUUAAGUCUAGUUAAAAAGUAAUUUGUAUUUCAAGCUACAUUUGUGGAAAUAGCAUUAUUCUUUACAACACUUUAUCAACAAUCCCCAAGUGUUGAGGCUCGGUGGCUUGUAGAGAGAAGGGUUCAUGGCUAUCCUUUUGGGCAUCCAGUUCUGAAGUUUCCCAUGUUAAUGUUGCACAGCCAUACUGGCCAAGUGCUUUCUUGUGACAAUUCUCAUGUAACUGUGUUUACCAGACUCGUGUUGUGUCUCCUAAUGCUGCACUUACUCCACUCUGUAAUUUAUAUCACAUUCCGUUAUUGUUUUACCUGUUAUUGUCACUCCUUUUGUUUAAUUGUGUUGUGAUGGAUGGUGUGGCCGAGGGUGUGGUAGUGUGUGGCCGAGGGUGUGGCAGUACACACUGUUCAGCAGCAAAGUGGGACCUUACUGAGAGCACUUAACACACAUACUUAUAUUUACCCCUGAGGGCUACUAUCUCCCUAGUGGCCUCGACGGGGACAGGAAGCAGGCGGCUUGUAACAAAGGUCCUGCCAUUGUUUCUGAGGAUGCCACGAUUCAUCAACCACUUGCGGGAAAUCUUACGAGAUCUUCAUCUCGAUCAUGGCGGCUUAGUCGGCAUUUUCUAAAGAGUUUACGGCCUUCAUGGGGUCCCAGGAGUACAGUUUAUAGGACCCCGGUGUGGUACAGUUUAUAAGGUCCCGCCAGUACAGUCGGGUUCGUUCUCUAUUCAAAAUCGGGAAUGCCGGGUUCGAAUCUCGAGUGGGGACAGAAAUGGUUAGGCGCGUUUCCUUCACCUAAUGCCCCUCCUCCCUGUUCACUUAGCAGUAAAUAGGUACCCCUGGAAUUAGUCAUCUUGUUGUGGAGUUUCAUCCUGGGGAGAACAUAAGAACAAAGGUAACUGCAGAAGGCCUAUUGGCCCAUACGAGGCAGAUCCUAUUUAUAGGAGGAUGGUCAGUACAGUUCGACCCUGGGGGACACCUCCAUAUAUGCCUAGGUGCAUGCCUUUGUCCCGGCAAAAUUAAUUAAUUAUUAUUCUGAAAGCGCUUUGAGGUCUUCGUCAACACCAGGCUAUUGUUGUUAUGAACGACGUCGUAGCGCCUAGGCUUUCAUACAGUUUAGUAAAUGCCGAAUAAGGAAUCACGAUGGAGAUACGAGCUGGCGGGCCUCACACUGUAGUGCUGAAAUAGUGUGUUUAUGUAAAGAGACACCACCUGUGUAAGUGUUCAUACUCUUUGUACCUAUACUGGACUUUCCAGUUAUGAAGCAUAUAUAUAAUAUAUAUAUAUAUAUAUAUAUAUAUAUAUAUAUAUAUAUAUAUAUAUAUAUAUAUAUAUAUAUAUAUAUAUAUAUAUAUAUAUAUAUAUAUAUAUAUAUAUAUAUAUAUAUAUAUAAUAAUAUAUGAUCUAGUUUGGAUAGUUAAUUUUUUAUAUGAAAUUUUUGGCUGCUUAUUAAAUAAUGUUGCCAAACUGUUGCUAUUUACAAAGUACGAGUUUGCAUAAAUAAGGAACUCACAACUUUGUAUCCAUUUCCUGAUGAAUUAGGAAGUAGCAGAUGAGGAGCCACGCCCCCCUACUGGUGAAGGGGGUCUCGAUGGCUCCUGUAGACUUGGGCAGGAUACACAGACUUUUUCCUGAGGACAGUACUUUUGUUUCUGAUCUCUGCCUUUGCUUUAGCUCCUACAGCAAGACUCGUAGUGCUCUUAACUGUAAUUAUCUCAGUGGUUCAUGUUUCCUGUUAUAUUCAAUAUAGAAAUUCAAAUCGCUAUCAUAAGCAUGUUUUAUUUUGUUACUUUUUUUCGUUUAAAUUUCUCCAGUAAAUAAAUAACCAACACAUAGAUGUUUAAAACCUAUGGGAAAUUUAUAGCUGUGAAAUUACUUCACGUCUAACAUGCUGCAGUGAACAAAUUCCUGUGUUUAAUUGUUUAAUGUCACGUCAGAUGAACAAUAUUUCUUGAUUAGAGUAUAUAUAGUCAUCCUGGAUUGGCGCCGCCGUUUGGUAAUUACGGUACUUGAUUCCAGUAACAACCGCACCAAAAAUAUUUAAAUACUGUAAUCAGUUGUUACGCUUCGCUACUUUAUCUUGGCCAAACUAAUCUGUCCGGCAUUUGUUAUGUUCGCUUCAGUUUCUAAACCAUACGACAAAGGCAUGUGAGCGGGAACUCGCGAGGGUUAUGUCUAGUGCUGUGUCAGCUCUAGUCUAGUUAGGGAGAAUGAGCUUUAUGAUAGGAUAGUUUUAGGGCGAGUUUGUGGAUUGUUAACCUGAAUAUCACCAACUUUGUUAACUCUGUGAAAACCAAUCCUGUUUUAUGUUUUCCUGAGCCAGAGUCCAAUAUACUACAUAAGAUUUUGUCCCACGAGUUAUUAAAAAUAUAAAAAUGCAUUUUUAUAAUUUAGCAGAAUUGAUGCCAUACAUUUAUUCUGCAGAGGGUAUGACACUUUCUGCACCACAAAUAUUUCUUGUUGACCAUCAAAUAAAAAAUUCUAAUGA